GGGAAGAAAGAAGCAGAUGGAAAUCAUCAAAGCCCGGACACGGCUGGAAUUUGGGCUGUCUCAUCCAUCCCUCUCACCCCAAUCCCAUCCAUCCCUUCCACGAGAGAGAGAGAGAGAGAGAGAGAGGUUGGUCGACUGCCCCACCCAACCUCACAAUCGAAAGACACGCACACGCCAUUCCGAGAAAGAAAGAGAAAAAUCAAAUAAAACAGAACAAACCGUUAUUGUAGAGAGAGAGAGAGAGAGAGAGAGAGAGAGAGAGAGAGUAAUGAGGUAGUUGGGAACUACUACGAGAACAAGGGAGGGAAAGAUGUGGGCAGGUAUCACGCGGAAUUGCAAUUAAAGCCCGUUAAUGCCCCUUCUCUUCUCCUUCAUUCUCUUCUCAUUCUCCCUUCCAUACAUGAGCUUUUUCGACCUCUUUCAUUCCCAUCGUUGAGAAGAAGAAGAAGGAAAUAAGAAUGUCUGAAGCCCAAAGGAGAACAGCUAUGGCAGAAGUGUGGCGUGGCAAUGGGGUCAUAAAUGGAAAAGUUCAAAUCUGGUAUUCGGCAUUGUCAGAAGUUGAUGAUUUCUGCAAGGCCCUUGGCGGGAAGAAGCCCAUUCACAGUAUCUUAAUUGCAAACAAUGGGAUGGCAGCUGUGAAAUUCAUGCGUAGUAUCAGAACAUGGGCUUACGAAACCUUUGGAACAGAGAAAGCCAUUUUGUUGGUGGCUAUGGCAACUCCAGAAGACAUGAGAAUCAAUGCAGAGCACAUUAGGAUUGCUGAUCAGUUUGUGGAAGUUCCAGGGGGAACCAACAAUAAUAACUAUGCUAAUGUGCAACUCAUUGUGGAGAUGGCAGAGAUUACACAUGUUGAUGCUGUUUGGCCUGGUUGGGGCCAUGCAUCGGAAAACCCCGAGCUGCCUGAUGCGUUGACUGCAAAAGGAAUCAUAUUUCUUGGGCCUCCAGCAUCAUCGAUGGCAGCAUUAGGUGAUAAAAUUGGUUCUUCUCUAAUUGCUCAAGCAGCAGGAGUACCAACACUACCAUGGAGUGGCUCACAUGUGAAAAUGCCUCCUGAAAGUUGCUUGGAAACUAUCCCAGAGGAUAUUUAUCGGGAAGCUUGUGUUUAUACGACAGAGGAGGCAGUGGCAAGUUGUCAGGUGGUGGGUUACCCUGCUAUGAUCAAGGCAUCUUGGGGUGGCGGUGGUAAAGGGAUAAGAAAGGUUCAUAAUGAUGACGAAGUGAAAGCUUUGUUCAAGCAAGUUCAAGGUGAAGUUCCUGGCUCGCCAAUAUUUAUAAUGAAGGUAGCUUCUCAGAGCCGGCAUUUAGAAGUUCAGUUACUUUGCGAUCAGUAUGGCAAUGUUGCAGCUUUGCACAGCCGUGAUUGCAGUGUUCAGAGGCGACAUCAAAAAAUCAUUGAGGAGGGUCCAAUUACAGUAGCCCCCCUCGAGACUGUUAAACAACUGGAGCAGGCAGCAAGGCGUCUAGCAAAGUCUGUAAGUUAUGUAGGGGCUGCUACUGUUGAGUACCUGUACAGCAUGGACACUGGGGACUAUUAUUUCUUAGAGCUCAACCCACGGUUACAGGUGGAGCAUCCUGUCACUGAAUGGAUAGCUGAAAUAAAUUUGCCAGCAGCUCAAGUUGCGGUUGGGAUGGGCAUUCCCCUCUGGCAAAUUCCUGAAAUCAGGCGCUUUUAUGGAAUAAACCAUGGUGGAGGGUAUGAUGCUUGGAGAAAGACAUCGGUGGCUGCCACCCCAUUUGAUUUUGAUAAGGCAGAGUCAAUAAGGCCAAAGGGUCAUUGCGUGGCUGUACGUGUAACAAGUGAAGAUCCUGAUGAUGGUUUUAAGCCUACUAGUGGGAAAGUACAGGAACUAAAUUUCAAAAGCAAGCCCAACGCAUGGGCGUAUUUCUCCGUUAAGUCUGGAGGAGGCAUUCAUGAAUUCUCCGAUUCUCAAUUUGGACAUGUUUUUGCUUUUGGUGAAUCUCGAGCCUUAGCAAUAGCUAACAUGGUUCUCGGGCUAAAAGAAAUCCAAAUCCGGGGAGAGAUUCGUACAAAUGUUGACUACACCAUAGAUCUCUUGCAUGCUUCAGAAUAUAGAGACAACAACAUUCACACGGGCUGGCUGGACAGCAGAAUUGCCAUGCGAGUUAGAGCUGAGAGGCCUCCUUGGUACAUUUCAGUCGUCGGAGGAGCACUUUAUAAAGCCUCAACCAGCAGUGCAGCUAUGGUUUCCGAAUAUGUUGGUUAUCUUGGAAAGGGGCAAAUCCCGCCGAAGAACAUAUCACUUGUCAAUUCUCAAGUUUCCUUGAACAUUGAGGGAAGCAAAUACACGAUUGAAAUGGUCAGGGGAGGACCAGGCAGCUAUAAAUUAAGAAUGAACCAGUCAGAGAUCGAAGCAGAAAUUCAUACCUUGCGUGAUGGGGGUCUCUUGAUGCAGUUAGAUGGAAACAGCCACGUGAUAUAUGCAGAAGAGGAGGCAGCUGGUACUCGCCUUCUAAUAGAUGGGCGGACUUGCUUGUUACAGAACGAUCACGAUCCAUCUAAGUUAGUGGCAGAGACACCAUGCAAGCUGCUUCGUUUCUUAGUUCCAGAUGGCAGUCAUGUGGACACUGAUGUACCAUAUGCAGAGGUUGAAGUUAUGAAGAUGUGCAUGCCGCUUCUUUUACCUGCUUCUGGAAUUAUCCAUUUCAUGAUUUCGGAAGGGCAGGCAAUGCAGGCAGGUGAUCUCAUAGCAAAGCUCGAUCUUGACGAUCCAUCAGCUGUGAGGAAAGCUGAGCCAUUUCAUGGGAGCUUUCCAGCAUUGGGCCCCCCCACUGCAAUUUCUGGAAAAGUUCACCAGAGAUGUGCUGCAAGCCUAAAUGCUUCACGAAUGAUUCUUGCAGGCUAUGAGCAUAAUAUUGACAAAGUAAUACAAGAGCUGUUAAACUGCCUGGAUGAUCCCGAGCUUCCUUUCCUUCAGUGGCAAGAGUGCAUGGCUGUUUUGGCAACCCGCCUCCCCAAAGAUCUAAGAAACGAGCUGGAUGCAAAAUUUAAGGAGUAUGAAACGAUUUCAAGUGCCCAGAAAAAUGUUGAUUUUCCAGCGAAAUUAUUGAGGAGGGUUCUUGAGGGACAUCUCGCCUCCUGUUCUGAUAAGGAAAUAGCUACACAAGAAAGGCUCGUGGAACUGUUGAUGAGUCUCGUGAAGUCAUAUGAGGGUGGAAGAGAAAGCCAUGCUCGUGUUAUGGUUCAAUCCCUUUUUGAGGAGUAUCUUUGUGUUGAAGAACUAUUUAGUGAUAAUAUUCAGGCUGAUGUCAUUGAAGGUCUUCGACUUCAAUAUAAGAAGGAUCUCCUGAAGGUUGUGGACAUGGUGCUUUCUCAUCAGGGUGUUCGGAGAAAAAACAAGCUGAUAUUACGACUUAUGGAAGCAUUGGUUUACCCUAAUCCUGCUGCGUACAGGGAUCAACUGAUUCGUUUCUCCUCUCUUAAUCAUAUGAUUUACUCAGAGCUGACUCUAAAAGCCAGCCAACUGCUUGAGCAAACCAAAUUGAGUGAACUCCGUACAAGCAUUGCUCGAAGCCUCUCCGAGCUAGAGAUGUUUACCGAGGAAGGUGAAAAUAUAUCCACUCCAAGGAGGAAAAGCGCGAUUGAUGAGAGGAUGGAGGAUCUUGUGGGUGCUCCUCUGGCUGUUGAAGAUGCCCUUGUAGGCUUGUUUGAUCACAGUGACCACACUCUUCAAAGGCGGGUUAUGGAGACGUAUAUCCGUCGGUUGUACCAGCCCUACCUUGUGAAGGGAAGUGUACGUAUGCAAUGGCAUCGAUCUGGUCUUAUUGCUUCAUGGGAGUUCUCUGAAGAGCAUAUUGAGAAAAGAGAUGGUGGUGAAGACAAAAUGUGUGAUGAGUCAGUGGUAGAGAAGCAUUGUGAGAAGAGAUGGGGAGUUAUGGUUAUCAUAAAAUCUCUUCAGUUUCUAACAGAUGCAAUUAAUGCUGCAUUGAAAGAAACUACUCAUUGCCCAAGUUUCGGUUCUGAUCAUGAGAUGGUCCCAAAUGGAUCUUUAGAACCAGUUAGCCAUGGUAACAUGCUGCAUGUUGCUUUGGUGGGCAUCAACAAUCCGAUGAGUUCACUUCAGGAUAGUGGUGAUGAGGACCAGGCUCAGGAAAGAAUAAACAAACUAGCCAAGAUACUGAAAGAUAAAAAUGUGGGCUCCAGUCUCUGUGGGGCAGGUGUUGGAGUUAUCAGCUGUAUCAUACAGAGGGAUGAAGGGCGGGCACCUAUGCGGCACUCCUUCCAUUGGUCAGCGCAAAAGCUUUAUUAUGAAGAAGAACCUAUAUUGCGUCACUUGGAACCACCUCUAUCUACAUUCCUUGAACUGGAUAAGCUUAAGGGCUAUGAAAAUAUACAGUAUAUCCAGUCUCGUGAUCGGCAAUGGCACAUGUACACUGUUGUAGACAAGCCAAACAUCCAAAGGAUGUUUCUCCGCACCCUUGUUAGGCAACCAAACACAUUGGAAGGAUUUUCUAUAUGCCAAGGACUAGAUGUGGAAACAAUCCAAGCACAACCAGAUAUGCCAUAUACUUCUAUCAGCAUAUUAAGGUCAUUAAUGGCGGCGCUGGAUGAGUUGGAACUUCACAUGCACAAUGCAACAGUCAAAUCAGAACAUGCUCAUAUGUACCUUUGCGUCUUACGCGAGCAACAUCUAUAUGACCUUGUACCGUAUUCCAGGAGCGUCGAGGUAAAUUCCAGCCAAGUUGAAACUACAGUUGGCAUGAUCUUGGAAGAUCUGUCAUGUAAGAUCCAUGAAUCUGUUGGUGUGCGGAUGCAUCGGCUAGCUGUUUGUGAAUGGGAAUUGAAGCUUUGGCUGGACUCUGAUGGAGUUGCUAGUGGUGCUUGGCGGGUUGUGGUGACAAAUGUAACUGGUCACACUUGCACUGUGCAUAUAUAUCGAGAAGUGGAGGAUGCCAACACACAUGAAGUGGUCUAUCAUUCUGCCUUCUCUGUUUCUGGUCCUCUGCAUGGUGUGCCUGUGGCUUCAUGGUAUCAACCCUUGGGAGUCAUUGAUCGGAAACGUCUUUUGGCAAGGAAGAGCAACACUACUUACUGUUAUGAUUUUCCACUGGCAUUUGAAGCAGCGUUGCAACGGUCAUGGGCAUCACAGAUCCCGUGUAGUAACAAAACCAAGGAUAAAGAUCUUUUGAAAGUCACGGAACUCGUGUUUGCCGACAAAGGAGGAGCUUGGGGUACUCCUUUGGUCUCUGUGGAGCGUCCUGCGGCCUCUAAUGAUGUGGGCAUGGUAGCCUGGUGUAUGGAGAUGUGUACCCCAGAGUUCCCUGAUGGAAGGACUGCCUUAGUAGUAGCGAAUGACGUGACAUUUAAAGCCGGAUCCUUUGGUCCCCGAGAGGAUGCAUUCUUUCUCGAGGUGACAAAUCUCGCUUGCCAUAAGAAACUGCCUUUGAUUUAUUUGGCAGCAAACUCAGGCGCAAGAAUCGGGGUUGCCGAGGAAGUAAAAGCUUGCUUUCAUGUUGGAUGGUCUGAUGAAUCAAACCCUGAGCGUGGCUUUCAAUAUGUGUAUUUAACUCCUGAAGAUCAUGCACGGAUUGGGACAUCUGUCAUAGCACACCAGUUGAAGCUGGAAACUGGUGAAAUCAGAUGGGUCAUAGACACCAUCAUAGGGAAGGAGGAUGGUUUGGGAGUGGAGAACUUAACAGGCAGUGGAGCUAUUGCAGGUGCUUAUUCAAGGGCAUACAAGGAGACCUUUACAUUGACCUAUGUAACAGGCCGAACAGUUGGCAUAGGCGCAUAUCUUGCUCGCCUUGGUAUGCGCUGCAUUCAACGGCUUGAUCAACCUAUAAUUCUGACCGGGUUUUCUGCAUUGAACAAACUUCUAGGGCGGGAGGUUUACAGUUCGCAUAAGCAGUUGGGUGGCCCAAAAAUCAUGGCUACCAAUGGGGUCGUUCAUCUGACCGUAUCAGAUGAUCUUGAAGGUGUCUCAGCCAUUUUAAAGUGGCUCAGUUAUGUUCCACCUCGUGUAGGUGGACCCCUUCCCAUGUUGCCUUCACUGGACCCUCCCGAGAGGCUCGUUGAGUAUGUGCCGGAGAACUUGUGUGAUCCUCGUGCAGCCAUUUGUGGUCUUCAGGAUAAUAAUGGGAGGUGGUUCGGGGGAAUUUUUGAUAGAGAUAGCUUCGUAGAGACAUUGGAGGGUUGGGCAAGGACAGUGGUUACAGGAAGGGCCAAGCUCGGAGGAAUCCCCGUGGGAAUUGUUGCUGUUGAAACACAGACUGUGAUGCAAGUCAUUCCCGCGGACCCUGGCCAGCUUGAUUCUCAUGAAAGGGUCGUCCCCCAAGCAGGACAGGUUUGGUUUCCUGAUUCGGCUACCAAGACUGCUCAGGCACUGUUAGAUUUUAACAGAGAAGAGCUUCCGCUUUUCAUUCUGGCUAACUGGAGGGGUUUCUCUGGCGGGCAGAGGGACCUUUUUGAAGGCAUCCUUCAGGCCGGAUCGACCAUUGUCGAGAACCUUCGGUCAUACAAACAGCCUGUUUUUGUGUACAUCCCUGCGACUGGUGAGCUCCGUGGUGGGGCAUGGGUCGUCGUUGACAGCAAAAUCAAUCCAGACAACAUAGAGAUGUAUGCAGAAAGGACAGCCAAGGGUAACGUACUUGAGCCAGAAGGGAUGAUCGAGAUCAAGUUCAGAUCAAAGGAGCUGAUUGAGUGCAUGGGCAGGCUUGAUCAAGAGCUUAUUACAUUGAAGGCAAAGCUUCAGGAGGCCAAGGGAAGUGGCACACCUGGGACUGUGGAAGCCCUGCAGCAGAGCAUAAGAUCUCGUGAAAAACAGCUGUUGCCAGUGUACACUCAGAUUGCCACCAGGUUCGCCGAAUUGCAUGAUACUUCCCUCAGAAUGGCCGCGAAAGGGGUGAUUAGGGAAGUCAUUGACUGGGGUAGGUCCCGGUCUUUCUUCUACAAGAGGCUGCACAGGAGAGUUGCCGAGGGGUCGCUGAUCAGGACUGUGAUGGAAGCUGCAGGCGAGCAGCUCUCGCAUAAAUCGGCAGUGGCCUUGAUCAAGAAAUGGUUCCUGGCUUCCCAGCCUUCCAAUGCCAAAGAAGAUACAUGGGAGGAUGACAAUAUUUUCUUCACUUGGAAAGAUAAUCCUGAAAACUAUGAGGAACACAUGCAAGAAUUGCGGGUUCAGAAAAUAAUGCUUCGACUAUCAAAUAUUGCCAACUCUGCCUCAGAUUUGCGAGCUCUGCCUCAAGGCAUUGCUGCUCUCCUUCAAAAGGUUGAACCAUCAAGACGGAUGCAGCUAAUCGAGGAAAUUAGAAAGGUAGUCGGUUGGUAGUAGCGGCUGCAGGAGAAACCUAUCGGCCUGCUCUGUUUAUAUAGUUCGAUAAUCAGGUCCGUUUCUCAGGAAUCCUAUGCACCAGCUGUAGAGUAUGACCUUUUGUAAUUUGAAAAUAAUUUUAUGGCAUUGAAAAUGGAACCCUCCCUCCAUAGAAAUCCAUGUGAUUUAGAAGUUAGGAAAAUUAAGACAGGUGUAUGGAGGA